GGUACCGGCGCCCGCCCCCUCCCUUCCUCCCCGCAGCAGUCGCCGCGCAUCGUGCCCAGCAGCCCGGAGCAGUUCGCCCCGCUCAUCCCCACCGCCCCGAGGCACCUGCGCAGCCCGUCAGGUCCCGCCGCAGCCAUGUCCAAGCCACCGCCCAAACCCGCCAAGCCAGGACAGGUUAAAGUAUUCAGGGCCCUAUACACUUUUGAGCCCAGAACGCCAGAUGAACUGUACUUUGAAGAAGGUGAUAUCAUUUACAUCUCAGACAUGAGUGAUACAAAUUGGUGGAAAGGAACUUGCAAGGGGAGAACUGGACUAAUUCCAAGCAACUACGUGGCAGAACAAGCAGAGUCUAUUGAUAACCCACUGCAUGAAGCUGCCAAGCGAGGCAACCUAAGCUGGUUGAGAGAGUGUUUGGAUAACCGAGUUGGUGUCAAUGGCUUAGAUAAAGCUGGAAAUACAGCUCUGUAUUGGGCAUGCCAUGGAGGCCACAAAGAUAUAGUGGAUGUUCUGUUUACCCAAGCAAACCUAGAGUUGAACCAGCAGAACAAAUUGGGAGACACAGCUUUGCAUGCUGCUGCAUGGAAAGGUUAUGCAGAUAUUGUAGAGAUGCUGCUGGCGAAGGGGGCAAGAACAGAUCUGAAGAACAAUGAGAAGAAACUGGCUUUAGACAUGGCAACCAAUGCAGCUUGUGCUUCACUUCUUAAGAAGAAACAGACUGCAGGUACAGCCCGAACAUUAAGCAAUGCAGAGGAAUAUCUUGAUGAUGAAGAUUCUGAUUAGCUUUUUUCAGCCUAGAGAACUACAACCUAUGUUAUUAUUUCAUUCCCAAAGCAUAUCUUUACAACUAUAACAUUAUCUUACUUAGAGUAUUGCGUCUUCCAAUUUAGCAUAUAAGUGAGAACGAAGUAAUGCUUUCCAAAGUAAUAAUCUUCAUGCGUAUCAGAGAUGCCACAUUUUAGAUCAGAGUUCCUUUGGAAUUAUCUGACAGGGGAUAUGUGGCAUAGCCUUACCUCUCUUAUCUAUUGAAUGGACAGAGAAACAGUCUUCCAAACGCACAGUUUUCAUCUCAGACCCUCCCAGCAAGUGCCUUGCAUCUCUGGAAUAAUAUUCUUCAAACUUAAAAGGUCCCUCUGGGACAGCAGGACACCCAUGCUAACAUUCCCCAAAGCUUCUGCAGGAAUAGGUUCCUUUGUGCAGUCAGACAGGCAUGAAUGGAGAUGCUGCUGAAGAGAGUGACCAUAUUCUGCCCACAUGGAGCCAGCAAGACAGCAUACAAAUUUGUAGGUUUGAGUGUUCUUAUUUUUUUUUUUUCCUGUCCCUCUGAGUAUAAGGGAUAGGAAGAUCAAGAUCUGCCCCUGGAUGCUCUUUCUUUUGUACUGUUAUGGGCCCUAUUCCUGAAAUGUAAACUCAGGUAUAGUAAUUGCUUAAGUCAGCUUUGCUUGAGAAAUACACUUAAUUUUCAACUUAGUGACUUGAUUAUUUUGCUUUUUGAAGUGCAUUUUGUUGAAACUGUAAUGAAAGGAAGACUGAAUAUUUUUCUAUUUAUCCUGCCUACAAUUUGUUUACUGAUCUCUUGCUUUUAUUUUUUAAGUGCCCUUAUAUAUAUUUUGUCCUAAAUUACCUCACAGCUUAAGUGUUUUUGAAGGAAUGAGGGAAGAUGUAUAUUGAAUAUACUGCAGGUAUCUUCAUGAGAGGUAUCUGAAUAAACAUUUUUUUAAAAGCA